AUGAGUAACGAUUCACUGAAGCAGUUAGCAAGAUAUCAUCCGAACCAUCCUGAACCAAAGAAAGUAGCUGAAUUUUUCGGAUUCAAGGAUGCGAACUAUGUUGAUCCAGAUCAGGUGAAUCACCAAAACUGGAGGAAUGAAGAGGAGAUGAAAGAAGCUGCUUACGCUGAUGAAUUAGAGGCACUUGAAGGGUUCAAAGGAACUCGUAACGAUUGGUUUGUGAAAGAGCAGAGGGAGAGAGGCAAGAAAGCUACUCCCAAGGUACAAAAGGGAGAGGAACUUGAUGUUGAAGCUGAAGCUGAGACUGAAGCUGAAGCUAAUAUUGAAGUUGAUGUUCGUCUUUCACCUAAUUCUCAGAGUUUGCUGAAGAAACUGAAGGCGUUUAAUGCUAAGAAAGAAGGUGAUGAUGUGAACAAAAGUACAACAAGUUCUUCUAGUUCGUCUGAAGAUGACAUCGAUGAAACAGAACGCUUGAAAAGAAUUCAAGAAGAGAUUGCAAAAGAAAGGCAAUUAAGAAAGAGAAAAAGACAGGAGAAGGAUGAUGAUGCAUAUAUUCCAUCUCCUGAACAUGUAUCUGAAUCUCAAUCAACUCCUUCAGGUGGAAGGAAGAAAACUGGUGCAAGCAGGAGGAUUGUUUCUCCAAAGAUAAAGAAAGUUACUCAAAAGAUCAAGAAACCAAUGAAGAUUGUACUAAAGAAGAAACCUUCCCAAGAACCAAGUAAACCACCAUCACCACCACCUGAACCGAUACCACAUCAAUCACCUAUACACUCACCACCUCAUCAAUCACCUCCUAAACAACCAACACCACCAAGACAACCAUCACCAUUACAUCUUUCACCACCUCAUUCACCACAACAAAUUCAUACUAUUUCACCACCACAACAACAAACUUUUCUUUCAUCUCAACAAAUAUUUCAAACACCACCACCUUCACAACCACUUAUUCAAACCACACCUGGUUCUUCGGGGUACAAAGGUUUUCCACCAGUUCCUCCGAACUUGAGUAUGGGGCUUGAUGAGAUUGGAGACUUUGAUUUUGCGAGUAAUGUUCAAUUGAAAAUGUGGAAAGUAAAGUUGAUGCGGUGA